GCGAGGCGAGGCGGCGGCCAUGAGGGGCGGGAAGCCUCGGCCGGGGAGCCGCAGCGGCGGCGGCGGCGGGGAGACGCGCCGGGCGGCUUGAAGGGCCCGGCCGGGCUGCGGGCUGAGGCGAGGCGGCGGCGCGACCUUUCGGCGCAUGAUGGCGGCGGCGGCGCGCCUGUGAGGGGCUGCGGGGCGGCCGGGCCGGCCAUGGCGGCGGGCGUGAGCUACUCGCCGCCCUGGUGGGUGAGCCUCCUGCACCGCCUGCCCCACUUCAGCCUCCGCUGGGAGGCCACCGGCGACGACUUCCGACCGGAGGACGCCGAGUACCAGCAGGCCCUGUUGUUGUUGGGUGGGGUUGCUGUGUCUUGCCUUGCUCUGGAUCUCCUCUUCCUCCUCUUCUACUCCUUCUGGCUGUGCUGUCGGCAUCGGAAGAGCGAAGAGCAACUGAAUGCGGACUGCUGUUGCACCGCCUGGUGCGUCAUCAUAGCAACGCUGGUCUGCAGUGCUGGUAUAGCUGUUGGCUUCUAUGGAAACGGGGAGACCAGUGAUGGUAUUCAUCGGCUGACAUACUCCCUACGGCAUGCCAAUCGCACUGUUUCUGGGGUCCAAGACCGGGUGCUGGACACGGCAGUUGCUCUGAACCAAACGGCAGAACCAAACUUAGUAGUCCUUGAAGAAAUGUUUGCCAAGCAGACAGAUUACCUGCAUGUUGUUCAAAAGCUCCAAGGGCUGCUAGAUGAUCUGGUGAGGCAGACAACAGAGAUCCCUUUCUGGAAGAACGACAACGUCUCUCUGGAAGAGCUGGCAGUCCGGAUUGAUCUGUAUGACUGGUACAGGUGGCUGGGAUAUUUGGGCCUGCUCAUGUUCCAUGUCCUGAUCUGUUUGCUGGUGCUCUUUGGGCUGAUCAGAAACUCAAAGGCCAUUUUGAUGGGGGUAUGUCUUCUAGGGGUUCUUGCCCUCAUUGUGAGCUGGGGAUCACUGGGUCUGGAGCUAGCUGUUGCUGUGGGUUCAAGUGACUUCUGUGUCAGUCCUGAUGCUUAUGUCUCCAGGGUGGUAGAAGACCAUGCAGUUCUCACUACUGAUACUCUGAACUAUUACCUUGCCUGCAAUGCUGGUUACCCAAACCCCUUCCAGCAGAAGCUGUCGGGAAGCCACAAAGCCCUGGUGGAAAUGCAUGACGACGUGCUGGAGCUGAUGAGGUCGGCCGUCAGGGAGUAUCCCACCUCCAAGGAAUACCUGAACCGGAUCCAGGAAGUUCUGAACUCCACUGAAAUCAACCUGCAGCACUUGACAGCCUUGGUGGACUGUCGGAGCCUGCAUUUGGAUUAUGUCCAAGCACUGACAGGCUUCUGCUAUGAUGGCGUGGAAGGGCUGAUCUACUUGGUGCUCUUCUCCUUUGUCACAGCCCUGAUGUUCAGUUCCAUAGUGUGCAGUGUCCCCCACACAUGGCAGCAGAAAAGGAGUUCAGAUGAUGAGGGAGAGGAUGAAUCCACAGCCCAAGGGAACCGGCAAACUCAUGACAACUUGUACCGGGUGCACAUGCCCAGCCUUUACAGUUGCGGGAGCAGCUACGGCAGCGAGACCAGCAUCCCAGCAGCAGCGCACACAGUCAGCAAUGCCCCCGUCACAGAGUACAUGAGCCAGAAUGCAAAUUUCCAGAAUCCUCGCUGUGAGAACACCCCAUUGAUUGGUCGAGAGUCUCCACCUCCUUCUUACACCUCCAGCAUGAGAGCCAAAUACCUCGCCACCAACCAGCCUCGGCCAGACUCUGGCAGCGUGCAUUAAAAACUAGAAUACCUUUAAAAGUGAAAUCGGAACAAAAUGUGCCAACCACUGCCGCCAUCUUGUACUGCCCUUGCAGAGCAGCCCUGCUUUCUUCCUGACCCGAAUCCGGCUCUGUGGCUUUUCCUGCUUCUCUGACCCCUCCUGUUGCCUGGUUCAUACUCAUUUUUGGAAGAAACCUGGAUGGAAGCCAGUCGGAGACAAGGCUUGGUAGAGUUGUGCGUGGAGGGGGAGAGACAGUGGCCAAUAGGCAUGCAUGCAUGCACAGUAGGAUUGCCAGUUGAUCUGGGUCAGCCCUCUGUAUCAAUAUGGGACCAGCUUUGCCACCAUCCAGCCGGGAAGAAGUUUGCAAAGAUGUUGGCCUCCUCCCCCUUCUCUCCGACCACUUCAGUCAUACAAAAGAAAAAAUUAACCUCAUCAGGCAACCCGAGAAAAGUUGAUCUCUCUGUCUUGCAGAAGUGCCAUGGAUUAUAACUUGCUACACAAGGGAGGACUGUUUAAUGCGCACACAGUCAUAACGCUCAUGUUUUGCCCAGCUCUAUCUGCAAACUUUACUGUUUGUUUUUGUAGUUUUGGUUGUUUAUUUUUUCUUUUUGGUGCUAAUUUGGAGAAAGAAUUGCCUAUUCUUCGAGGCCUGAUCCAUCUCCUACUUGGAAUUGAGUGUGUUUCUUGUCUUUCCUUUUUUAAAAUGGAUAGAUCUGUCAAUUCCCUUUGUGGCUCUUAGAUAACACAAUUUCUUCCUUCGUACCUAGCCCUAACUUUGAAGGGAGAAGUAGGUAGUUCCUGCAAUGGCUGCUGUUUGCGCAGAACUCCCUGUGUGCACACAAGAUCAUGCAUGUUUUCCCCCGCAGCUGUGCAGAACUGGACUGUGCACAUUUUACCAGGAACUAUUGUGUAAAAAUGUUCCAGGAAAAGAUGUAAGGAGCAUUGGAGUGGAGUUUGGGAGUGUUUGAACGUGACAGUAAAAGAACAGUCCUCUACCAGAUGCGUGAGACUGAAGCAUUAGCUUUUAGAUGUGGGAACCUUUGGACCAUCCAGGGUCUCAAAACACAGAAAGAAAGCAAAUGAUUAAAUAAAUAUCAGAACAGCCCCCUCCUUUAACAGUCUAAAUUUCAUAUUUGGCUCAAUUCUAGUUGCCUCUUAGUGUGCCGGAGUUGGGGCAAGUAAAAUUUAAAUGAUCAUUUGGGCGAUCGGAUGAGCAAGAUUGUCAGAUGCCUGAGCUGAUCCCAUGGUUCCUGUGACUAAAAAGUGCUCUUCGUAUUAAGAACCAUCCCAAAAGAAUCAACUUCCAAGGAAACAUCAAGCAAGGAAGACCGUUUUCAUUUUUGAAAUAGUGUUUGGGUUUUCCUUUCAACAUAACUAAACCCAAAGGAGAAAGGUAGAAUCUCUUAAAAGGCAGGUGAAAGAGUUCAUUAUUUUUGCAUGCAGCUUCAAGUGUCCAAAGAACUCCCUUUAGACUUAGAACACUUUAUUUUUUAUCUUCAUUGAGCUGUGUGCUGGAAGUAGGGCGGCUGCUAUGGCUUUCAGUUAACGGCUCUCCCAUGUUCCAAGGAAGCCUUCCCUUAGAAAUAUUUCUUGCUCCAAAAGGUGAUUCUUUUCAGCCCAUGUGCUGAGAAAACAAAGGGGCACUAGAAGGCCUUAAAACCCUUGGCUAUUGCCAGUGGCAUCGUGUGAACGGAGGAUGAAGUCAGUUCAUUCACUUUCCACGUUCGUGUAGUUUAAUCCUUAGUAAUCCCUUUAAGAGCCUGAAGAUCCACCAGGAGUUAAAAGUGUUGUGCAGAUACACAAAUUAGCUUAGUAAGCUUUUAAGUAUGUUGGAGUCUGUGUUAUGGUGUCAUGGCAUCUAGUGUUGUUAGGAGGGGCAGCGAAGAAGUUAAAACCAGCUGCUGCUGUUCCUCAGAUACCUGACAAGAGAAAAUUAUUUUCCAUCAUCUUGACAGUCAGCCUCUGAGAAUGGACCACCUCUCCAUUUAUAGGGCAAGCGACAACCAUGAGUUGGCCACAGAGCGUGUGCUUGGCGGGCUGCAGCAGAUUGUGCCUCUCCCCAAUGCAUGCGUUUUCGAAACACCUGUUUCGUUCUUCACAUUUGUAAGAUAACACACGUAAAUCCGAAAAUGUGCAGAGGGGACUUUAGAAGAUCCUGAGGAAGCAGCCCUAACUAUACCAAACUCCGUUUGGUAGCAUAGCUGUAGUUCUUGGAGGGAGAAACCUUGAGAAAGCAAAUCUUUCAGGCAAGUGUCCCCCUGCCCCCAAUUAUGUUUUAGGAUUAAAAAAGAAAGGGUUAGAAUAAACUGCUGAAGACCAUGGUUUAACCCAUGGCAAGGACCAAUCCUUAUAUCACAGCAACCGCUAUAGAAAUUACCUUCACAGUCUUGCUUCCCAGCCAUAUCAACUACUUACGCUGUGAAGAGGAGUCCCAACAGGCCAUGUUGGUUUAUCCCAAAUGGCACGUGGAAGAUGCGAAUAGAUGUGGAUCCUAAAGAGGAGACUCUGAUGGAUUUCCCCCCUUACAAUGCUACUACAAUGCAAGCCAUGAGGUCUCUGUACACUGCCUGCAUUCCAUCCUGGGACGGGUAGACUUGGCUUCCAGAGAUGGUCAUGGCAAACAACGGGCUUACAGUCUACGAUACAAGACCUUGGUAUAUUUUAACAAACGAGGUGAGACAACUUUUUGGAACCUUUUUUUAAAAAAAACGCCAGUGGACUCCUGUGUGGCAUCCACAGCGCACGAGGAUCUCCUGCGGCUGGCCUACUACAUGGAUCUGCUUCAGAGAGUGUGUGUAUGUGUGAGCGUGUGUAUGUGGUCGCUUGCACGGGUGUGAAAAGAAGCUCACCACAACCGCAACCUGCCAGCGAGGUGACUUUUGUGCAGUCACUUGCACAAACUUGAAGCGUCACAUGGUUGCAGCAUGUUUGUGAAAUGAGCGUCUUUGAAGUUAUACUCCCAGCCUUUGCUUUUCAGAGCCCACGUCUAACAAGACUGAUCCCAAAUCUCCUGAUGGGCAGGGUUCAUCUUUUAGCUGACUUUGGUGCUCGUUGAGGCUCUGAAAUGUUUUUGCUAUAGCAAGUAAACCUGUAAAAGACUCUCUUCUCCCCUUUUCCUAAUUUGUAUGAGGUUUUAAGUAAUAUGAUACCUUGACACCAUAUUGCUUGGAAUGUGUCCCCUGGCUGAUCUCCUCAGCAACCUUCCGUCACUUCAAGGCCACCGUCAUGCUAUUGACUUACAUUUCAGACAUUCAGGAGAAAUCAGAGUCUAGUCUUGUCUGAAUCCAGAUGAGAAGGCAGUAGACUGGAAUAUAAGUAACUGGAGUGGUAAAGAUCAUCUUUGCUUUUCCCUCGAACACACACAUCGCAAUCUGCUUGUCUAGUUUAUUUGGUUAGGUGUUUUCUUUCUCCCACUCCAACAUCACAGCACCAUUUUUUUAAAAAAAUCAAUAAAUUUGUGAUGUGAACAGAGGAUCUUGUCAAGCACACAAACACCUCCACAAUGUGAAAUGUAAAUAGCAUGCUGAGACUCUUUGCGUCCAGUGUUCAAGACUGCAUUGUAAUUGUUUAAAAAAAAAAAAGGAAAUCGAAUCAAGACUUGGCUGUGAAUUUUUUUUCUUUUGUGCUGUCUUGGGAAAUAUAACUGUAGUGUUUGUAUCUUGUAUGUAAUAUUAACUGAUUCCAUUUGA